AUGUCCGACCUCGUCUUGGAUGCUGUUCAGGAGGGCGAAAAUGAUGAGUUCGUUGAUGAGUCUUUGAAGGAGGAUAUGGAAAUUGAGCGAAUAAAAGACCGUCUUAAAGAGGUCGAAGAAGAUGCGAAUAAGUUGCACAACCUGACUAAUGCAGACAAGUCUUCGAAAAAUAAUUUGUCUACUUUGUCUGGGGAAGAGAAAGCCGAAGUUGACUUGCGCUCUAUCUAUGUUGGGAACGUUGAUUAUGGGUCCACUGCGGAUGAACUUGAAGCACAUUUUCGCUGUUGUGGAGCCAUUAACCGUGUCACGAUUCUCUGUGAUCGUUACACUGGUCACCCGAAAGGAUUUGCUUAUAUCGAGUUUGAAAAUGCGGAUGCUAUCGAGGCUGCGGUCGCUUUGGAUGAUUCAUGCUUCAGGGGUCGUCCGAUCAAAGUGAUGCCCAAAAGGACGAAUAUCCCCGGACUCUCGACGACAACCCGUGGGUUUAGGCGACCCCGUCGUCGUUACAAUUCUUAUGGUCUUCGUCAUGCAUUUGGUAUGGCCCGACCGAGGACUUCGAGAUUUAGGCGACGUCGUAUUUAUUACGGUGCACCAUAUUGA